GAUAGUGACUGAGAAGAGGAAUGGAGGGGAGGCAGUGAGCGCGAGAGAAAGAGAGAGAGAGAGAGAUGAAAAGCAAGCUAAGCGAGGGAGAGAGAGGGAGAGGCGUUCGUACUGAAGGAGGCAGAGGCAACAGCAACAGCACGCUCCUUCCCCAUCCUCCCUCUCCUCUCUCAUAAUCCCACAUCCACGCCGGGGGAGACGGAGGGUGCCCUGACCGGCUGAGAACCACUGUCUGAAGGAGAGGAAAAUCUCAAACCAGCCCACCCCUCCCUCUCUCCCCUGUUGUGAAUGCCUGGAUAAUUUUUUUGGGGAGGGGGACCAUAACUAACAAGGGGUGAAAGGAGGUGUUUACACGCAAGCCUGCUGGAGGGAGAAGGGGGAGAGACAGAGAGAGCGAGAGAGAGAGAGAGAGAGAGAGAGAGAGAGAGAGAGAGAGAGAGAGAGAGAGAGAGAGAGAGAGAGAGAGAGAGAGAGGAGGGGGACGAGCAGCAGGUUUAGUGCAGCUGUCAAUGCCAGAGUCUGGGAGUGAGACAGACUGAGGGGGACCUGAGGAGUGGAGGAGGGCCGGCACGUGUGGAGCGGGGGUCUUCAACUUGUGGGCAAAGCGACGGGGAAAAACAAUUCGCAUUCGCACACAGCUGGACAGAUGAGGAGGCUUCAAGGACCACGCUUCAGUCCUGGGUGUAUGGUGUACUGACCCUGCCUGCCAGAGGCGAGGAGUCAGAGGACCAGGGCCAUGAUUGGCUCCCCUGGCCCUGGUGGGCGUGCCUUAGUGACAUGGCCGAGGGUGUGGCGGCGGGUGCUGGCUGUUUCUCUGGUCGCCUUGAUAAACUUGAUGCUAGCAGGAAGUAGCCAGGCCUGUCCACCACGGUGCGAGUGCUCGGCUCAGCUGAGGUCGGUGUCGUGCCAACGGCGGCGGCUCACCAACAUCCCAGAGGGCAUUCCCACCGAGACACAGCUCCUGGACCUCAGCAAGAACCGGCUCCACUGGGUGCAUGCAGGCGACCUGGCCCCUUACCCACGGCUGGAGGAAGUGGAUCUCAGCGAGAACCUCAUUGCCACAUUAGAGCCCAACGCCUUCGCCAGCCUCCCCAGUCUUAAAGUGCUGAAGUUGAGGGGAAACCAGCUGAAGCUAGUGCCCAUGGGGGCCUUCGCCAAGCUGGGCAAUCUGACCAGCCUGGACCUGAGCGAGAACAAGAUGGUGAUUUUACUGGACUACACCUUCCAGGAUCUGAGAAAUCUGAAACAUCUGGAGGUUGGAGACAACGACCUGGUUUACAUAUCCCACAAGGCUUUCUCAGGGCUGCUGGGGCUGGAGGAUCUCACAAUUGAGCGCUGCAACCUGACGUCCAUCUCCGGUCAGACACUGUCCUAUCUCCGCAGCCUGGUCACUCUUCGCCUCCACCACCUCAGCAUCACUGCCCUGGAGGACCAGAACUUCCGCAAGCUCUCCAACCUGCGGGAUCUGGACAUCGAUCACUGGCCGUACCUGGAAUACAUCUCUCCUCUAAGUUUCCAGGGUUUGGACCUCCACCGGCUCUCCAUCACCAACACCAACAUCACCUCUGUCCCCUCCGCCUCCUUCAAGAACCUGAUGCACCUCACCCACCUCAACCUGUCCUACAACCCCAUCCCCUCACUAGAGCCCUGGGCCUUCAAGGACCUUCUGAGGCUGAAGGAGCUCAUCAUGGUAAGCACAGGGUUGGUGACAGUGGAGCCCCAUGCCUUUGGAGGCCUCCGACAGAUCCGGGUCCUCAACUUCUCUUCCAACGACCUGCAUACCCUGGAGGAGGGCUCCUUCCACUCUGUCAACAGUCUGGAGACCCUCAGAGUGGAUGGGAACCCCCUGAUGUGUGACUGCCGUCUGUUGUGGAUCCUGCAAAGACGCAAGACCCUCAACUUUGACGGCAGAGUGCCGGUGUGUGCGGGGCCGGUGGAGGUGCAAGGGGUUAGCCUCAGCACCUUCACCGAUUCUGCACUCUUCGAUCACUUUACAUGCCAGAAACCUAAGAUUCGCAACCGUAAGAUGCAGCAGGUAACGGCUCGUGAAGGCCAGCCUGUGAGCUUCCUGUGUCGAGCCGAAGGAGAACCUGCACCUGCUAUUGUCUGGAUUUCCCCACAGCGCAGACGGAUCACAGCUAAGAGCUCAGGGCGUAUCACUGUCCUCCCAAGUGGCACCCUGGAGAUCCGCUACGCCCAACUCACUGACAGCGGAACCUACAUCUGCAUUGCCAGCAACGCCGGUGGCAAUGACACCUACUUCGCUACGCUCACAGUGCGUGGCCAGCCGCUGGACGCCGCCUCAGCCUUCUUCCUCAACCGCUCGCUGUACAGCGGUGAGUUCUUGAACGACACAAAUCUGAACAACACACGGGUGUUCCUCAAAUUCACCUUGGACCUGACCACCAUCUUGGUCUCCACCGCGAUGGGUUGCAUCACCUUUCUGGGGGUGGUCCUCUUCUGUUUCCUGCUGUUGUUCGUGUGGAGCCGGGGACGCGGCCAACGCAAGAACAACUUCACAGUGGAGUACUCUUUCCGGAAAUCUGAACCCGCCACCGGGCCCACCGCGGGAGGGACGAGGAAAUUCAACAUGAAAAUGAUAUGAAACCACGCAGCCAGGGGUCCUUCGGGGGAGGCAUGAGCACGUCCCAAAAACGUGUUUGACACACGCAAACGCACACAGCCACUGACUCGCAAAGAAGUUUAAAAGCACAAUCCAACUUCCCGUCCAUGGCUCCAUUCAAAAUUUGAGUGCCAUAAAAACCGGAGCCAUGAAGUGAUUUGGUUUGAUCCGUGAGUGAAAACAAAAUGAUCCUGAUCUCCCUGUCUCGCUGUGGUUUUAUUCAGCAUGUGGUGAGAAACAUGUUUGAGUGGUACUGUAAGGAAAUGUAGUGUUGAAAGGUUUGAAAGAGCUGCUUGUUGUCCAUGCUUGAUAAGAAUAUUAACAUUAAGCAUUAUAAGAGAUAGGUCGUGAAUUGGUUUGAUUACUGAACUGUGGAAAAGUGGUAGUCCUGUCUUUCAGUUAUAUUAAUGAGAAAAUAAAAAAGCUAUUAUUUUGAAUCAAACAUUUUCUCUAUUGUGUUGUGUGCAAAUUGUAGUGUGAUGCACGGAGACCUGGUUACCAUCCACAGGUAGAAUUUGUCACAAUGCUCUUGUUAAGAGUCGUGCAUGUAGAGUUACAUUCGAGAGUUAAGUUGUAAAUUGAUAUUGCUAAACAAAACACAUGGUUUUUAUAUAAAUUCAGUCGAACAACCAGCUUUAUCGAUUCUGACCACAUCUGAGCCGUGAGGAGGAUUAUAUUGGGUGAACCCCUUAAUUAACAUUAUCAUGUGUCAAUAGUUUCAUUGAACACAGGCUCAGGGGAUGUAGACAAUUAUCUGAGUGUAAUAUCUUGUAAGAAGGAAUGGAUUAGGAUCAUUCACCUAAAUGACAAUCUGUCCAAAAAAAAUCCUUGUCUUUGCGAGAUUAUUCAACAACAUUUGCUGUGUGAGUUUGGGACGAGCGCACGAGCCGUGAGCUGCUGUGGCUGCCCGUGGCACGGAGGGCUUGGUAAGGAAGUCAAGUCCGACGUGCACGGGCUGCCACAGUAGCCAUAGCAACCAAUACAAUAGAGAGCAAGGGGGGGGACAGGGCAUGGUGGCCAUCGGAGGGUUGCUCGGUGGAAAGGGGGAGGGAAGAAAAAGGAGUCAGCGUGACCUCUGCUUCCCCUCCCUUAGAUCACAAGCCCCGACCGUGCUCUUUCAUCAACAGGAGAGGGACGACCCACCGGCCUCCGCUCCCCUGUCCCUGCCCUCUGCUGUGUUGGUGGGCAUCUGACCUUCCCAGUGCUGCCAGGGGGGAGCAGCCUGGAGAGUCGGGUCACACUCAGAGGCAGAUAGAGGACACACAGCAACACUACGGAGGUGUUCACCUACACACUCGUCAAGGCAGUGGAACCCACACAUAGCAACACAUGCAUAGCACCUUUUCUCAGGAAAAGUGAACUAACUAGCCAACAGAGCGUGUGUGACAACACAUGCUGUGUUAAAGUACAACAUUCCAGCAAUACUGUUUGUAGAGCCAUGAAGCCAAAUCCGAGAGAACUGAGGUAAAUCUGUGAGUGAAGAAACAAAGCCAUAGAGUCUGUAUGUUUAUUUUUAUACUAGUGUGUGUAUGAUUUAGUUAUAUGAAAUAAUAUUAUUGCCACUGCCAUCUUACAAGCUGUCGCGAUGAUCAAAAGGACAUCUGCUGUCACCGGGCCUGCGCAGCGUUGUACCUCGCCACACACACGCUCACACAAAACCAACACAAAGGUUAGUUGCAUUGGAGGGAACAACAAUCACCGUCGCACAUGAAUAAACAUACAAAUUGACAACACGCCGUAGCCCCAUCUCCGAGUGUGCCGCCAACUGAUCUCUGCCUGCCUCUGAGACGGCAAAUGCGCAAAUGUCUCUGCCCCCCUAGCCCAGUGCAUUCCCCCCUCCUCACCCCCACCCCUAAACCCCCAACCACCACACACCCCCACUGGGUCCUCCUUUGGGAGGGGUCCCUGGCUGGAGAUCGAGGAUUCAAAUGUAAAUGAAAUCGUGUUAACCCUACCCACGCCAUGUGCAUCGUAUAGUGGAGACUAGUACUGUGGUUUUAAAACGCAACAACAACAAAAUGAAAAAAAAGAUUCUUUGAACUGUUCCUUUGUUUCCUGUUUGUCCUCGGAUUUUGAUUUGCCUCAGUUGUUGCACUCUGUGACCUUCUGGCUGUCGACCCCUUUAAGGCUCCUUGUCCUCCGUGAGGCACCGUUCUGUUCUCAAGACCAAAUCAUUUGAGUCCACUUGACCCCAAGAUCAACUGAAACUAGGAAGACCGAUAUCGAGAUCAAGAAACAUCCCAAAGACGUUUCCCAGCUCGUCUUUAGUCGGUUAUUUCCUAUGUUUAACGGUGCCACUAGUUUAAAGUCACUUGAGAGCUUCUCAGGAGCUAGGGAAGGAUUUCCCACACUAAGCUUAUUAUUUGUUUAGACUGAAGAUUAAGACAAACCUUACUUCACCUGGCACAUAAGGCUUUUGCACACUAGAUGCAUUUUUGUCUCACGAUUAAUUUACACAUGAUAAGCAAACCUGUCACUGCAACCUUUUAAAUCCGUGAGACUAUUUCGCUAAGCUAUUUUCUCCUACACACAUCCGACCAAUCAGAAUGCAUAUUUCCUGAUUAUGUCACAAUUUGAAGGAGUAACAGUACUCCUCUGAUUUAUUUAAUAUGUUUGUCUUUAAAAGGAUACUUACUUGUGAGUGACCCAACCACUUGAGCUGAAUGAGCAGCUGAGACUGACAGGACCUUCUUCAAAUCCUUCUUAUCCAAUACUUCAGAUAAAACUACGGUGCCAGCUGCUGCAGCAGGUCUUUGAUGUCCGACAGACAUCCUGUAAUCCGGACACCCUGAAAAAAAACCCAGGCGUAAACGCACCGGAUUAUCUUGAUGAUCCCUUUUAUUUUUUAAUUCUCAUCAUGCAUUCGCUGACUUGCAUUGCGGUUAAUGUGAAUUGACACGCGAGUCAAAAUUCGCCUGCGCUAUUUCCUGACAUUUAUCUGUCUUGCCGUUCAUGUACAAAGGCCUUUAAUCAUUUAAGAUGGAUGUAAACUAGAGAUUCAAAAUUGCAUUCCUCCAAUUCUAUAAUGUAUUUUAGAUAACAUUAAAUGGCUAAAUGGCAAUAGAACAAAGACUCUUAUAUGUACAUUAGUGAUCCACUGAUCUAAAGCACACGUCCAACACAGUUUAACCUGGUUGGGAUUAAUUUGGCCCAUGUAUAAAUGAGCCUCAAAUCUUAAAACUUUUUGCAAAAUAGAUCCUGCAAGCUCCAUCUUUGUCCCUGGUGAAGAAUGAUGAAACCUCGACUUCUGUGUCAGGAUGAAUAACUGAAGACUCGUUAAAAAUGCAUGAGGCCAAAUGAGAAUAGAUGAAUACAUUGGCCUGUUUUUUUUUUUUUUUUAAACAUCGCUUUUGACUGUGUGACGAAGGCCGGUUGUUGGCUCGCCCGAUGUUGAGAACAGGACGCUGCCCUCACAGACGUUUCCCCUCCCUGAGCCAACCCCCUGUUGUAUGUUUCCAUUCCCUGGUAUUUCUCAGUGGAACGUAGGUUUAGAAGACAAAUGAGAAUGUCUGCAGUGAUUGUUGAUGGUGUUAUUGUGUAGGCAUCAAUCACAAAUGUAAGCAUAGAUGAGGGAUGUGUUUCGUUUUAUGAUCUUGUCCUUCUCCCUCCCUUUUCUCCUCCCCUCUUUAAUGUGUCCCGUCUUCUCUGCAUUUCUUCCCGACCCCUCGUUGUCCCUGUUCACAGUAAUAGGCUGGAGUAUGGUUGUGUGGUAGUAGACACGUGUUCUGUGUGGUCGGUGAGUCGGUGUUGUCGUGCUAUGAUUUGUUGCUCCUAGGUGCCAUCGAACAUGGAGCAUCGGUCGGAUCGUAGGAGACAAAAGAUGAAAGGGGUGACCCAGGUUCCUAAAUGAAAAAAAGAAAAAAAAAAAGAAUGAACAUUGAUUCCCAUUUCACACCCUGCCCAUUCCUACAGACCAUUUGCGGAACUUACCCGCUCUGCACAGUGCCACUCUGGGACCUCUCUCUGGAUAUGAAAACCCAUGGACUGUAAAUGUAUGUAUUUUCUCUGCUGACAUCUUGUCACUUUAACAGUCACGUGUAGAAAGGGGGUCUUCAGUUGGGUUUGUUGUGGGGCCUUUCACACUAACCUUUGGUCAGGGUUGGAAAUGAGCACUUUUAUAAUUUGAAGCUCCACAAGUCCUUGCAAGUGAAAGGCACUCAGUUCCCUUCCUACUAAAUGCUCCUGCUACUUAAAUUAUUUGUAAAGUUUUCCUGAUUACGUUAGUCAAGCUCGAGCCUGAUUCUUCUCCUGGGUUGUGAUUCUUGAGAAAGUAGGCUGAGCAUCCCCCUGCUACCUCCUGUGGUUCGACCUUGCCUCGGGUUGGUGUAGCGUAGUCUAGACGCCCCAUAUACAGCAGCAGUAGUACUAUUAGGGAUGCCUUCCACGGGGGGGGGGACGCCUCAGAUAUAUGCAGACCAAAAUAAAAUAAACCCUCAGACGCUGACAACCAUGGCGUCCUAACCAGCCAAACAUGUAUGAUUCAAUAGUUUUUUAAAGCUUAAAUUUUAAGGGGGCUUUGUAAAAAUGCCAGCCUCCCCCUUAAGAAGGCGUCUCGGCAGCCUUCUGUCAUUCCUGACUCCAUAUUGGCCCUAAAUGAAUCCAUCUCUUACUCCAGAUCCUACAGCUGCUGUUUUGAUUGGAUUAGACUUGAGAUGAGCUGAGAGGAGCAGUAAUGGGAUGACGGAGGAGUGAGCUCAGCUGACUGGGUGAUUACUCGGCUUAUUAUCUCAGCUCUUUAACAUCUGUUGAGUAGAAUUAUGUAAAUACGACGUAUGACCCGACAUGUAGCGGAGCAUUCUUGAAGGAUUAUUUUAUUUAGCGCACCUUGGACAAUGACCGCUCCAUCUUAACCUUGACCAGAGCAAGUGCGAGUGCUCACCCCCCCUCCCCCUUUCUACGUGGCAAUACUGACCCCCAGUGGUCAAAGGGAGCAACGGCGAAAACUUGGGACCAUACUGUUGCAGCUGCUGCUGUACCAGUAUUGCAUGUGGAAGGAAAAUAAACCAACAGCUCUGGGUCUCAUACAGUGAAACACUUAAGAGAGCAAAUUGACUGUUAGUUUCACGGGUCAGUGUUUCGCUGAUUGUGUUACAGCCAUAACGUGAUGAUCUCCACUGCGCUCUGGGUGUCUCGGAGCAAUGCCUUGCUCUUGGGGUGCCUGUUUGGGCAGAGGCAUUAUCGGGACAGGCCUCCCACUCUGGUCAAGAGCAACAAACCUGGCCUGGUUCUAGACAGAUUCUUGACAAAUGACCCUGCCCCCCCCCCCCCCCCAUCCUUGACUCAAAUAUCAGUGCAUCAUUGUUUCUCUGUACAGGACCGAGGGCUGGACGCCAACUGAUCGGUUCUUUCUCUCUCGUGGUCUUCGCAGGUUUAAUCUAUGCAUGCCUUUUGUAAACAGUGAUUGGUCGUGCCAAACUCUCACCUCUCACUUGUACGGAGAGCAAUGGGGGCCAUUGUCACUGGCCAUGGGACUGGUGGAAUAAAGAGCAUGAGGCCAUCCAAAUGUGUUGCACCUGCGUUUACGGAUACGGUAAAAUAGCAUUCAUCUCACAAGAGAAACUUUAUCCUUUCUUCACUUGGGAUGAUUGAACAGAGUCACACACACACACACACACACACACACACACACACACAUACACAUACACAUACACAAACAGAGGAUCCGUUCAAAUGUGUAAACUGUAGAUAAAGCGAUUGAUAUCCCAAGCAGGAAGGUGGGACUGAUCAAUGCAGUAUGGGGGAUAGGAUUAUUAAUGGCAUACUUACAUUGAUCUAUCUUGAACCCUCAUCAAUGACCCAGAAUCCAUCUGGAGUAGGAGGAGGUGUACAGAGCUCUCCCAGACCUGGUUGGCACUCAUUCCUGGGUUUCCAUUAUACCGUUUCAAGACAAUUUUCCUUCUUUAAGAACGAGAUGGUGCCGGAUUCCGACUUUAUUCUCCAGGUCUGAGCCGACGUGACGCUCUCUCGCCUCCCCUACUCCUCAGAGAAAAGUGUCUUUGGUUUAGCUCUGUAUUUGUUGGAGCCCUCUAAUGGAAAAUACUGAAGUGUAUCUCUCAAAUUCGGAUGGGGUCAACUUAUCCUCCCCCCUCUCUCUCUCUCUCUCUCUCUCUCUCUCUCCCUCUCUCUCUCUCUCUCUCUCUCGCCCUCUCUCUCUAACAGCCUGGCACCGACCUCGUUAUAAAUUUCAGAAAAUGUUUCAUUGAUUACUUUAUUUUUGCAUAUUUUAAGCGUCCAUUAGUGACUUCUGAAACCUAGGAAUGGGUGCUGAGCGCUCCAAUUAAAUACAGAGCUAAUAUAUGCAGAAAAGUUGUACAUUUCACAAUAGUGACUAUUAAAGGACAAGAAACAAAUUUGGAUUCUCCUCCUCUCUGGCGUCACGGACAUCUCACUACACCUCAGUUGUCACAUUUCUAUUCUGGAUGUGUUGAUCCUUGGAUGGGAAGAAACAGAAACUGUACAUAUUAGGUAUAUUAGCCAUAUCACGUCAUCCAAUCUGUAGACCUCUUUGCCAUGUCUGACAGAGGAAAAUGACUGUUGAACUGUAAAUAGUGUAGGUAUAGAAAUAUAUAGGAUUUAACAUGCUGCUUCUUUUCUCCAGGGAUCACCCACAUUGUGCUCAGUCCCAUGGCUGCUUGGUCUCAAAGGGAAGUAGAUGACAAUAAUGUACUUGUCUAUAAAAGACACACACAAGUUCUUUUUUUUAUUUCAAUGUAUGUUUUAUAUACCGUCUGUCUUGUAAAUUAACUCCUUUUUCGUCAUAAAAGCAUGAUGUG